AUGGCAGCCCAGUUGGUCGGGCGGGACGAUGGCAGCAACCAGUCUACGGGCCCAACAGCCCUUAUCCGUCUAUCUUUUGUCAAUGCCACUGCCACCACGCUCGGCCAUCUCAACGUCCACGACCGAGAUCUAACCACCAACCGUCCGCUCGGGUUCGGGCAACGUGGCUUGGAUAAAGCGGUUUCCUUCCCUUUUGCGCACAGGAUUGCGGCUGACCAGGACCACGCGGCUCCAUGGCUUGCGAUAUCUGCCAUCGUCGAAAAGUCCGGUGCGACGCCCGGGAACAGCUUCGAACUGCGGCGGAACUUCAGGAAACGACCGAGGAUUCAUCACUCGUCGCCUGUCGCUGGCACCCAGGCCGCUGCCUCGCACCACCAGACUCCCCAUGGGGGUGCGACCGAGGAUCCUCGUCACCCAAUGUACCAUAGCCCUGCAAGAUCAGGGCAGCAUCCUGGAGCCGUGAGCCAGACGCCAUCAUCGUCGACCUCGCCGUCGGUCGUGCAGAGCCCGCGGUUGAAUAAAGAUGAACAUCUCACUCGCUCGGCCCUGGCUGAUUUCUAUCGGUCCCAGAUCAGGACCACCCUACCGGUCUCCCGGACCAGCCGCUGGGCUUACAUUGGCACCACGGCCUCGAAUAUGGCUCAUCUGGUCAACACGCAAACCAAACGGCCAGACUGCCUCCACUACCCCUUCCCGCCUUAUCGAUCGACGCUCCCGUGGAAGCCCUCGGCCUCGUCCUUGACGGCACGCGCCAUCCCGGUGAUCCAGCCGCAGGAGGACCCCAAGAACCACGAACCCCCCAAGUGGACGUUCACCACCCUGCCAGACCCAGACCUGGGCGUCCUGCCCGUCAGUGAGAUCCGAGAGGACCUCAUCGAAGCCUACUUCAGAGAUAUCCAUCCGGGGUUUCCCGUCGUCCAAGAAGCCGAGUUUCGCCGCCUGCUGACGACCGGCAGCUCCAAUCCCCAAGACCCCUCCGGCCAGGAGCCCCCUCCGCUGCUCUUGCUGCAGUGCGUCCUACUCGCGGGCGCCCAUGUGUCGACCCAUCCGGCCAUUGAACGGGCGCGGACUUCGAUCAAGGAGGCUCUAUAUCGCCGUGUCCGCAGUCUGUUCGACAUGCGUUACGAGAAUGACCGGCUCUGCCUGCUCCAAGCCGCCCUGAUCUUGACCUGGCAUGUUGACUCAGCGGAUGACAUCUCGGCCAAUGCUUGGUACUGGUCAGGCAUCGCCAGCCGCAUCGCCCUCGGUCUGGGCAUGCACCGGCGGUUCAACUCCACCCGCCUGAGAGCGCAGGGUCGGAGGCGCAUGCGAUCCCUGUGGUGGGUGGUCGUCCAGACCGAGGUUUUGUGUGCCUUGAACCACGGGCGGCCCAUGAGCUUCGACCUGGACGACUGCGACCAAGAAAUGUUGACGAACGACGACCUGUUGGAAGAAGUCAUUGACCCGGCCACUGGCGGGCCCACCAACGUCUGCACGCACAACGUGGGCUUCUGUCUGGCCAAUGCCUCUCUGUGCCUGGUCAUCUGGGAGAUGCUGAAGCUUCACUCGCCCGGCCGAAAGAGACUCCUGGGAGGGGAGAACUCGAAGGCCAUGCGAGAGGCCAAGAUGGACAUGAACUCCCGUCUCGCAGAUUGGUGUCUGCAGUUGCCUCCGGACAUGGCGCAUCCCAGCUGGCCGGCCCAGUCCUUCUGGGCCGCCCAGUUGCACCUCCAUUACUACACUGCGGUCAUCACCUUGAAUCGGCGGCUGAAGGUCGUGGUGCCGGACGCGGAUCCAGGCUACCAUCAUGCGCCCGAACCUGCGAGACACCACGCGCCGAUAGAUCGAUCCCGACGCAACGAGGGCGAGGCCAAGCUCGAAUCCUCAGACGCAUCCCUGUGCCACAAUUCGGCCGUCUCGAUCCUAUCCAUCUUGAACCGCAUGCUGGACUCGGGCUGGACCAGGCAAUGCUGGCAGAGCACCUUGACCCCGAUCCUCGCCGCCGCCAUCCAGUUUUGCGCCGAGAUCCGAUCCGCCAUUCCUCACGACACAUGCGGCCAAGACGAUCCCACGGACCCAUCCUCAUGUCCCCAACCCGGAGAGCGUGGCACCUCCUCGGACCUGCUGCUUGCACUCGGCUCUCUGGACGGGCUGCAGAAUCUCUGGUCCAUCUCAGCCACGAUGGCCUCGCAUUGGUCGCCAGCGGAGGGACUGAGUCGUCUGAUCGACACCAUCUUGACCGAAGUCAAGGGUAUGAUGCAGACGACUUCCUCCCGCAUACGCCGCCACUCGCAUGACCCUCACAUUUCCCAGGUCGGCACCAACCGUCGAGGGCCACACGUGGCCGUGGGUGAAUCUGCCAUCUCCACCGAAUCUACUUCCGCCCAAGAAAGUGCCACUGGGGGGAAAUGUUCGCACGCAACACCCCUUGAGUAUCCCAACGAACGCGGAUCCUCAACCUAUCCCGGCGCUCCAGCCCGGACGAGACAGCCGACAGCGGCGGUGGCGGUGGCUGUUGGAGUUGAAACUCGGACGGAAUCCCACGGUGCUCCCAAUACUGCCAGACGGAUCACCAGUCAAAACUUCGGACCCCCGUCGAGCUCGUGUGAUGGAAGUCACAGCACGGGAGUCUCCAGCGACAGUCGAAAUCACCUCGCUAGCAGUGGCCACCACAGUCAGCGGAAUUUCAGCUAUGGUCCUGAACACGGUGGUGGUGAUCCGACAAGCGUCGAUGGCCUUGCUGUCGCCGGCAUCUGGGAAAGAGACGCCGGGCCCAAACCCCCCUGGAGCGGCGUGCAAAGACUGGAGGCCAGCGCGAUGCGCGAUUCAAGGUCUGCUACCUAUGACCCGACCUACCGAGGAUCAACCUCGCGAUGUCCCACGCCCCCAAGCGCCAGCCAGGAUGGACCGUCUAACGACAACAAUAACGACAACAGCAACAACAGCACCCACCAGAGUAUCUGGAACUGUUCGACCGUGCGUGCUGCCACUGCCGCCGUGGCUGCUCCUCCGCGCUUUGGAGGAGCGGCCAGCUUCUCUUCGGACGAACCGUUGCAUCAUUCCCGUCUGGAGACGGCGGAGGCGAGAGGUGCGGACAUGCACCAGUUCCGACAGAUGAACGGUAUAGCGGCUACGAGUUCGACGCGGGCUCACUCGCCGGGCCUGUUCUGGGACAUGCACGUUGAGGAUCUGCUCCAGUGCAUGACUGAUCCGGUGGCGGUCAAAGACACGCUGGGCAACAUAUAUAAUACCGACGACCAUGUGGCGAUGACGGGCGAUGAUCCAGGCGCCUUUGUCAUGUUUGAUGGUUAA